AUGUACAUGUUUCUGCUGCUCGGGCAUUGGCUCUGCAUUUGUGGAGCUGUGACCCUGCGCGGCUCUGACGUCAAAGAGACCAUCCCCACUGCUGACCAGAGCCAGAUCGGUGUUGUCCCAACCUGGGACAGAACGCGACAGGAUUGGCCAGUAGCACAUGACUACGUGUACAACAGCAGCCAGCUCUCCAUUCUGAUCCCGGAGACGAGACCUCUGGUCACAUUGCCUGUUGUGGCGCUGCAGGCACACACUCACUUCCCCGAGCUGCGAAUACAGAUCAUGUAUGGCAGUGACAACAAGGAGUAUGUGCACACGCAGAAGACGCUCGCGGAGCUUUUGGAGAGGGGCAUACUGUUGUUGACGCCCAUGCCGGGAGAUGCGUACAAUGCCAGCCGGCUCCCUGAGGACCACAAACGCGUUGCCUACUCCAAGGCGCUGACGUCACCGGAGUUUUGGGAGCUGACAACCACACCGAAAGUGCUGCUGGCACAGACGGACUCCUGGAUCUGCAACCGAGAGCACUUGCAAGACUUCCUUCCGUAUGACUACGUCGGGGCUCCGUGGCCCGGUUUUAAGACCUUCUGCCCGAAGAAGCCGGUGGGGAAUGGGGGGUUCAGUCUCCGAGAUCGCGAAGCUAUGCUAAGGAUCACCAAGUCCUCCCACUCGAAUUGGCAUCCUGAAGAUGCUUACUUCUGCAGUCAUCUGCAAGACUCCGAGAAGCUUCCUUCUAAGGAACAAGCAAUGCACUUCGCCAGGGAGCAAUUCUCGCCGGAGGAAAAGAAGCAGAUCUCGGGCGCCACCAUGCCGAGCGUGGGCGUCCACAACCUGUGGGUGACCGCAGAGUUGGUCCGGCAGGUUUUUGAGGGCCAGUGCCCCGGCGUGAGUCUCGUGAACCCCAGAGUGCAAGCUCUUGACAACAGUGAGGGCACCCUCGGUGAAGCCAUGGUCCAGCGAUGGAAACAGGAAGCUCUCCCCCGGACGGUUGCCUUGCUGCAGGACAGUGGCCGUGAGAUUCUGGACUAUGUUAGCCUGACGCUGAUGGCCAAGAUCUUCGGAGAGGGGUCGAUUACUGAUCCGGUUUUGGUCGAUUUUGUCCGUGAAACGGAGGAGACAUGA